AUGCUACUCAGUGUGGUCGACAGUGCACCAACCGGAAGUGAUGGGUCGUCCUGUUCACGGCUGGACUUUGAUCAGGCCGAGCUUAGCGCCCUACGCAAGUGCGACUACAUGCAGGAGUUUAUCGCCAAACCGUACAAUACCUCCGAGCACUUUAAACCUUACCGGGCGGAGGCCGAGCACUACCUGUCUCAGCGAUGGCAAGGGCUCACCUGUGGCGAAACGGUCGCUACGUACCAGUUCAACAGCGAAACCGAACUGCGGAUGGCGUACAACCUUAUUUUUGACAGUGGCGCUACCCUGGAGGUGCGGGUGUACGACUGGAGCCGACUGGACGCGGACGAUCAGCCGACGUUGGUGGAGAAGUGGCGCACAUCGGUGUCCACCGAUGGUUGGGGCUUUUUUCGCGAGAAGCUCAAGAAUCCCGUACUGCAGGCAAGGAUUCAAAUUGAGGCGAACAUUAACGCGGGCAGUGAUUUGGCGAUCGAGUACCUGUCCAUAUUUAACUACGAGGUGGAAACGGAUGAAUGUGAGGCGAUCGAUGAGUUUGCGACGACCGUCGCCACGACCAGCACAGUGGAGACGACCACAACCACGAUGGAACCGUCAACGGAAACAUCCUCGACAGCAACACUUCCGGUGACUACAACAACACCCGAACCGACAACGAUUGAAAGCACGAGCCCGGCAACUACGUCACAGGCGACGACACCCUCAACAACAACACAUCCGGUGUCUACGACAACACCGGAGAUAACAACGACAACAACGGCUGAAAGCACGAGUUCCACGACUACGUCACAGUCGACGACGCACUCAACAACAACGAUGGUUAGUACCGCUUCUUCCAGCGCCAGUACAGGCACUACACCCAUUACUACGACCACAAAUGGGCCACGGGAUGACCCAUCGAUCACUCCUACCGUUACGCUGCCACCCUCUACAACGGUGAAGCCAACGAACGGUCCACAGCCUGCGACUACGUUGCCCACCAGUUUGCCAGAAGAGGUCCACAUGAGCUCUGCGCCGUGGGUCUGGAUGACACUGUCGGCUCUCUUUGGAGUGUUCUUUGUAGUUAGCUUCAGCGGGGCGAUCUACCUGUGCCGGGCAUCCCAACACCUGGAACGAUUGGCUCGGCAUGUACUCAACGAAGGCCAGCAGCAGUACAAGCACUGA